AUGUUCGUCUGCCUGUCGCAUCGGCGGAAGCGGAGACAGGCCGAGCGAUACUACCCCGGCUUCUCGGUGCCGUCCUACACGCCGCAGCACAUGUCCGGCGAGGCGCCGUUCCUCCGGGCGCCGUCGGCGCCGGGGUCGAUGAACUUCAGCAUGGGCCAGAGCCAGGGUAUGUCGCCGACGGCAUCCGGCCAGCCGUACGGGCAGUCGUACUCGUACCAACCGCAGCAGCAGCAGCAGCAGCAGCGGUACACGUCGGCGAACUACAGCACGGGGAGCCAGGGCGCGGCGAGGAGCGUGGCGGCGUCGAGCGACCUCAGCGUGGGCAACACCAAGGCCUUCACCUUCGACGAGCUGUACGACAUCACCGCCGGGUUCGCGCGCGACAAGCUCCUGGGCGAGGGCGGGUUCGGGUGUGUGUUCAAGGGCACGCUUGCCGACGGCAAGGUGGUGGCCGUGAAGCAGCUCAAGGGCGGCGGCGGGCAGGGCGAGCGGGAGUUCCAGGCGGAGGUGGAGAUCAUCAGCCGCGUCCACCACCGCCACCUCGUCUCCCUCGUCGGCUACUGCAUCGCCGAGGACCACCGCCUCCUCGUCUACGACUUCGUCUCCAACGACACGCUGCACCACCACCUCCACGGGAGGGGAAGGCCGGUGAUGGACUGGCCGACGAGGGUCAAGAUCGCCGCCGGGUCGGCGCGCGGACUGGCCUACCUCCAUGAGGAUUGUCAUCCAAGAAUCAUCCAUAGGGAUAUAAAGUCAUCAAACAUCCUGCUUGAUGACCACUUUGAAGCACAGGUGGCAGACUUUGGGCUUGCCAGGCUGGCGGAGAACGACGUCACCCACGUCUCGACCCGAGUGAUGGGCACGUUCGGGUACCUGGCUCCGGAGUACGCGUCGACAGGGAAGCUGACCGAGAAAUCGGACGUCUUCUCCUUCGGCGUCGUGCUGCUGGAGCUCAUCACUGGGCGGAAGCCCGUCGACUCGUCCCGCCCCCUCGGUGACGAGAGCCUCGUCGAGUGGUCGAGACCGCUGCUGAACCGCGCGAUCGAGAACCAGGAGUUCGAUGAGCUCGUCGACCCUCGCCUCGACGGGAACUACGACGAAGUCGAGAUGUUCCGUGUGAUCGAGGCAGCGGCGGCCUGCAUCCGGCACUCCGCUGCCAGGAGGCCCAAGAUGGGACAGGUCGUUAGAGUACUCGACAGCUUGACGGAUGUGGAUCUCAGCAACGGCGUACAGCCAGGGAAGAGCCAGAUGUUCAACGUAGCGAACACGGCCGACAUCAGGCAGUUCCAAAGGAUGGCGUUUGGCAGCCAGGAUUUCAGCUCAGAAUACAGCCAGUCCAGGUCCAGCUUGAGCAGCAGGAGGGACUUUUAGGCAUAAACGAAUUUCCGGACGAAUCUCGUAGUUUCACGAUUUUGUUUGUGUUGAUAUCUUCAUUUUUUA